UGAACACACUGCUUUCAAGAUCAUGGUCGUCUGAAUUAAAAAAUGUCAGCCUUAAAUGGUUUGUUGAGCUAAAGCUAUGGUUGGAUUAUAUAAUGGCCUGCAGUGAAGAGUGAAGACGUACAAGACAACAAGACAACAUGGAGAAGCAGGUGAAAGCUGUUUCCCAGCAUGUUGAUGCGAGUCACAGACAAGCUUGUUCUCACCUUGAGAAGGCCAGGCAGUUCAUCACCGAAGCACUACAGACUGAAGUCCAGAGGAACAUGGCUCAGCGCGUGUUAAUCCAGCAUCUGGAAGAAAGGGCGUCUGAAGGUGUGAGGAGCCUAUCAGAGCAGGUGGAGUCAAACCGGCAACUGAAGCUCCAGGUCCAUCAACUCCAGAAACACCUGGAGGACAAAGACCACUCACUAGCACAAGCCAACCAGGCUAUUUCUACCCUGAAGACUGAACUGAGGGACCUGCAAGAACAGCUGCAGAGCCACCAGAGUAGUCACGGGACGAUUCAGGAAGUGACUGAGUGGCUGCAGGAUGACGAGGCCAAGCCCAAUGUUGUGAGAGCAGAUGAUGGUUUUCUACCUAGUGUAAUUAGGGUUAAAGAAGAAGAUGAUGAUGAUGAUGCAGAUGGUGGUGAAGAUGACACACAUCUCAAAGGAAAUGAUCAUGAAUAUCAGUGUGGUGGCGCCCCCACAGGACAGGCCUCCUGCACACCUGCAGAAUACCCCACAGAGCAGACCACCUCCAUGCCUACAGGAGGAGUUGUUGACUCCACCUCGCAGACCUUCAUGUCAGCAGACAUCAAAACUGACAACUCUUCAGAGCAGACCAUCUCCACGCCUACAGGAGGAGUUGUGGCCUCCACAGAGGGAGACACCUUCAUGUCAGACUCUACAGAACUGACCUCCUCCACGGCAGCAGAGAUCAAAACUGAAGACCCAACAGAGAAGUCCAUCUCCACGUCUGUAGAGAUCAAAUCUGAAGUCCUGCAGGAACACAAUGAAGAAUCUGAAGUGACUGUGAUGGAGGGAGAUGGAACAGAGAGACAAGGAAGAGUAUCACCGCUGCAAUCAUCUGCUACCCAGCUCAUUGACACAAGACAGAAGAACUACCACUGCCAACAGUGUGGGAAAACAUACUUAAGGGCAAAACACCUACGACAACAUCAGGUCAUUCAUGCAGAAGAGAGGAAGUACCACUGUGGACAGUGUGAGAAACAUUUUUCAUAUCCAGGAGAUCUCAGAAAGCACCAACGCAUUCACACUAGAGAGAAGCCCUACCACUGUGGACAGUGUGAGAAAAGCUUUUCACGGGCAGAACAUCUCAAAUUACACCAGCGCAUUCACACUGGAGAGAAGCCCUACCACUGUGGAGAGUGUGGGAAAUGGUUUUCACAGGCAGGAAAUCUCAAAGCGCACCAGCGUACACACACAGGAGAGAAGCCCUACAAAUGUGGACAGUGUAGCAGGACUUUUGCACAGCCACAAAAUCUCAAAAAGCACCAACGCAUUCACACUAGAGAGAAGCCCUACCACUGUGGACAGUGUGAGCAAAGCUUUUCACGGGCAAAACAUCUCAAAUUACACCAGCGUACACACACAGGAGAGAAGCCCUACAAAUGUGGACAGCGUAGAAGGAGUUUUGCACAGCCACAAAAUCUCAAAUUGCACCAGCGCAUUCAUACAGGAGAGAAGCCCUAUGAAAGUGGACAGUGUGGGAAGAGUUUUUCGGUGUCAGGAAAUCUCAGAAAGCACCAGCGCAUUCACACUGGAGAGUGCAGACUUUAAAGAUGGAUUCUAUUGAUGUUAAAAGGUGGGGAUCAACUGAAAGAGAUGGUGGUGAGGGCAGUGUUUGUACCAAACUCUAUUAGGUGCGUUUUCAACCUAUCUAUCCUGUGUUUUGUUUUUUUCUUGCUUGCCUUACUAAAAACUUUUCCAGCAGUUCAGCGUAUUGACAAGUGAAAUUAACACACUAAUUGUAAUAUCAGAAGUCAUGUCAAGUCUGCGUUUAUUGUCAGUUUCUUCUUAUGCACAGAUCAUACAUCAUACAGAUCAUAUUUUUUCUUAAUCCCUUGCAAAGGCGCAGUGGACAUACACAGGACUGACAUUAACAAGACGUACAUUUAAGUGCAACACCAGGGCAGGGCGUAAACUCUAGUACACUACCAUCCUCUAUUCGCUGUAGAUCUUAGACGGUAUGUACAUGCAUUUUUCUUAUGUUGUAAUUGUUGUAUUUUAUUAUUUGAAAGUCCAAAGUUGUGUUUUGAUUCAAUAAUGGCUGUGUAUUUUGUGUGAUCUGACAUAUAACUUGGCGGAUGGUGUAUGCUUGUCCAUUCUAUUAUCCAAUCUCCUGUCCUCCCUUCUGUGUGCGCUUUUAAGGUGACUUUCUUUUUUUGCAUUUGGAAAGCUGAAUAGGGAAAUGUCCUCCAACAGUUGUUGUGCUUAGGCUGACCGCAGGGAAACUUGAGAGAAUUGUUUUCUCCACAGAGGCGGGGCAUUAGCUAAGUGCAAGUCCACAACCAUAAGUCGAGGAAAGGAGUUUGGAUAAUGGAAUGGACUGUCUCACGGGGAGAAGAGGGGUACAUUGUGCCUAGCUGUGUCACAAGAAUGUAAUUACACACCUCCCUAGUGUACAGGCUUCUGUUGAAGUCCAAGAAGUAAUUGCAGUGUGCUUAUAUUACUA